UCCUCCAGUAAACAAAAACACGAGUGAUUCUGUUUUUGUAGAUUUUAAAUUAGUUUUGAGAAUUUUACGAUCAAAUGAUACUCUCAACAUGGAUAUUUCAGUUCAAGUAGUUCGACAAACGAAGCGGCACACCAAGGCGGAAUUGGAGGAGCUAUCGAAGGAGCGACUGAUCGAACGAAUUAUUCAGUUGGAAUCACAAAACUUCCAACUGAAAAAUAUCAUCCAAAAGGUCACUGGUUCCAAGUCGAAUGAAUCCGGAAAAUCGGAUUCGAAAAAGCAACGUAAAUUUGACUUCAGCAAGUGUCAUAAGCGACAUAUUUUGCUGAGAUUUUACUAUCUAGGAUGGGACUAUCAAGGAUACGCUUCUCAGGAAGAUUCAGCCUGUACCAUCGAACACCACCUCUUCAACGCCUUAACCCGAGUGUGCCUUAUCGAAUCACGCGAAACUUCCAACUACCACCGUUGCGGCCGAACCGACAAAGGUGUCAGUGCGUUCCACCAGGUAGUUAGUCUCGAUGUCCGUUCCAAGCUGGCACCGGAACGACAGCUGGAUCCAGAAGCACUGGCUGAGGAGCUUGACUAUUGUCAACUAUUGAACCGGGUUCUUCCUCAGGAUAUUCGCUGCGUAGCGUGGAUGCCAAUGGUCAAUCCCAAUUAUAGCGCUCGGUUCGAUUGUAAAGCUCGUACGUAUCGGUACUUUUUUCCAAGGGGGAAUUUGAACGCUAAAGCUAUGUCGGAGGCGUGCAGCUAUCUUGUUGGAUCCCACGACUUCCGAAAUUUGUGUAAAAUGGACGUAGGAAAUGGGGUGGUAACGUUUCGACGAAACAUUCACUAUGCAUUUGUGCGGGAGUCGUUACAAGAUGGGGCGGAUUCAAGCUACGACAUGCUUUACUUUGAAUUGCGGGGAAAAGCUUUUCUGUGGCAUCAGGUGCGUUGCAUUAUGGCUAUCCUGAUUUUGAUUGGCCAAGGUAAGGAAGAUCCCACUGUGAUUAAAGAACUGCUAGAUGUGGAGAAGAAUCCACGAAAGCCUCAGUACAGCUUGGCGAACGACAUUCCAUUGAACCUGUAUGAGUGCCAAUUUAGAAACAAAGGUACGUUUGACCCCGUUUUGUUCGAUAAAAAUGGGCCGGUGCCGGAUUUUGAUGACGAUGAUGGGAUGGAAUCUGAAUUACGUGAGUGGGUCCACGAGGAGGAAAGCCUGUCUAGAACCAUAUCUGAGCUUCAAGGAUUGUGGGCUUCCAAUAUGAUUAAAUCUUCGAUGUGUCGUGAGAUGCUACGUUCUCUCGAGGAAACUUUUGCUCAGAAGUUUGCUGACAAAAGCAAAAUACUUUCUCAGCACAGCAUACUGCUACAAGGAGUACAGUCUAAAGAAUAUCAACCUUUAAUGGAUCGACAAAAGUGUGUCAGAGAACAUCUAAUCGAAUUGGAUAAGUAUUAGUUGCUGUCUAUUUCUGAUAUCAUGUUCAAAUGAUUAUUUAUUUCUUUUCAUAGUUCCAAAGCUCUGAAUAAACUUGUAUACAUACUGGUUUAGUUAUACAUACAUGCAUAUUAACUUUUAUCCUUUCAGAUACGUAUCCUUUUAAAACAAAACACCAUUCAAAUUUUUAUAAUUCAUUCAUAUAAUCAUAUUAAUCAGACUUUGUGAGUAAUUUUCCUUACGGCCAUAUUCUAUCGUUUGGGGUAGGGAUUUUUUAGAAGGAAUGCAUCUGGGGAUAACCUGAAGAAACUAUUGCAAGCGGAGUGGGUUGCCAACCAUUGUACGUUUCUGAGGGUUGGAUGCCUUCCUUCGACGAACCAUCGGCCGUGGAAGCCCUAGAAUUUAAUUCGAAGGCCAAGCCACACAGACAUAGGCAGGACCUUGCUACCGAUGGGGGAACCAUACAUACAUACAUACAUACAUAAGUUUUACUCAUAGUAGUACAUAUUUAUAGAAAUAUACUCAACUUUUUUUUUAUUGUUGUAGUCUAUAUCGUUUUAAUCAUUCAGAAUUAUUCUUGGAGUUUGGGAAGAAUAACAGCUUGGUUUUAAAUUCCUUUAAAAAAAAGAAUUAUUCUUACUUAUUGGAAGAUUAUUUACGAAUACGAAUAAUAGAAGGAUAGUCGUCUCUGCGUUCAAUACUGCACAGUGGGCCUGGCCUUGAUAAGAUGAAUAGUAAAUGAAUUUUUACUGUUCACCGGGAUGCUGACAAGAUCUGGCUGUGUACGUAUCAUAAGCAUAAGCAUAAGCGAAUACGAAUAAUAGAAGGAUAAAGAUUAAAAAAUAUAUAUAUAUACGUUACAAAUGAGUAAAAGCAUUUUAAGUAGAUAAAUUUGUAAGAGUGGAGUAACAAAAGAAGAAAUUGAUAUUUGUUCCAGCCUUAUAGACACAGGCAGAUUUUAAAAAAAAUCUAUACUUUACGAAUGAUUUAGAAGCAUUUUAAAAAGAUGAUUCAAAAUCACAUGUCGACUAUCGUUCCGCUCAAAUUCACUGUGUGAAGAAACUAAAGAGAACCCUACUUUACAUCAGACUAGUUUUAAAAAAAACUAAAAUUUUCUUCCAAUUACCUAUCGGUUUAUAAGUUUCUAUUUAUUUUUUUUUUUUCGUAAGAAAUAGUUCAGAGCGAUUUUGCUGAUACAAAAUACAACUUUUCGUUAGUUUCAACGAUACGAUUUAGAUAUUCUAUUUGAUCUAAGACGAGUUAUAAACUGUUAUGAUACCUAGCUUUUAAAAAUUGAAAAUUUCCUCACAUAAUUAUGUUUAAGCAAAAAGUUGAACCGAUAUUUUCUCAUCAACAGAAAGCCUCGAGAGCCGCAUCGAGCAUUAUGCCAAAAAACGUCGAAUUCAGGUCAGCAUCAAAGAGAACUCCGGUGACGAUGACGCGAAUAAGAAUGAACUCGCUAAGGAGCCCAACAGCAGCAGCAAUAGCGGCUCAAC